AUGCCGUGCUCCACCGUCCUCUCCUUCCUGAGGAGUCUGUCCCGGGUGAAGCCGCUGGAACCGGACGGCGAGACCUCGGAUUUCCGCCGAUGUUUGACCACGCUGGACCUGGUGGCGCUGGGCGUGGGGAGCACGCUGGGCGCCGGCGUGUACGUGCUGUCGGGCGAGGUGGCUCGCACCGUGUCCGGGCCCAGCAUCAUCGUCUCGUUCUUCAUCGCCGCCAUGGCGUCCGUGUUCGCCGGGCUGUGCUACGCCGAGUUCGGGGCCCGCGUGCCCAAGACGGGCUCGGCGUAUCUGUACAGCUACGUGACGGUGGGCGAGGUGUGGGCCUUCAUCACCGGGUGGAACCUGCUGCUGUCCUACGUCAUAGGUACCUCCAGCGUGGGCCGAGCCUGGAGUGGCACGUUCGACGACCUCAUCGGAAACGUCAUCUCCAACUUCUUGCGUGAGAACGCGCCCAUGGACCUACCUGGACUCGCCCCUUACCCAGACUUCUUUGCAGCUGCUCUUAUUAUGAUCUUGGCAGGCGUCCUUGCGUUCGGGGUGAAGGAGUCGGCGUGGGUGAACAAGAUCUUCACCGGCGUGAACAUCCUCGUGCUGCUGUUUGUCAUCAUCUCUGGAUUCAUUAAAGGCGAUAUUAAGAACUGGCAGCUCACCGAGGAGGACAUCGCCAACGCCACGGCGUCUGGAAACUCCACUGAUGUGUUGAAGAACGGCGUGGGUGGGUUCUUCCCUUUCGGGUUUGAAGGAACUCUGGCUGGUGCAGCUACCUGCUUCUACGCCUUUGUGGGGUUUGACUGUAUCGCCACGACAGGUGAGGAGGUGCAGAACCCUCAGAAGUCCAUCCCCGUGGGUAUCGUGGCAUCACUUCUGAUCUGUUUCCUGGCGUAUUUCGGGGUGUCGGCCGCUCUGACCCUCAUGAUGCCAUAUUUUGCGCUGAGUGUUCAGAGCCCACUUCCUCUCGCCUUCUCCUACGUGGGCUGGGAACCGGCCAAGUACGUGGUGGCGGUCGGGUCCCUGUGCGCCCUCUCCACCAGUUUGCUGGGCGCGAUGUUCCCGAUGCCCCGUGUGCUGUUCGCCAUGGCCAGGGACGGACUGCUCUUCAAACCCCUCAGCCGAAUGAGCUCCAGACAGAGUCCCGUCAUCGCCACGCUGUCGUCGGGCGCGGUGGCAGCCAUCAUGGCGCUUGUGUUCGACCUGAAAGCUCUGGUGGACAUGAUGUCCAUCGGCACGCUGUUCGCCUACACGCUGGUAGCCGUCUGCAUCCUCAUCCUCAGGUACCAGGCGGAUUCGGACGGACUGGACAAGAAGGAGUGGAGUUUGAUUCGGCCACCCACGUCCCCCACGGCCGCCAGCUCCAAAGUGGUCUCAGUGCUCACCAUCGUCACCAUUUUGCUGACGGUGGGUCUGAGCGUGGUCCUGACGAAGGGCGUGGCCGCAGGUCUGGUGGGUGAAUGGUGGAUAAUCCUUAUAAUCUGCGUGCUGGGGCUGGCUUUACUCAUCACCAUGAUAAUCAUCUGGAGGCAACCGCAGAGCAGCACCAAAGCUGCCUUCAUGGUUCCUCUGCUGCCGCUGCUUCCCAUCCUGAGCACUUUCGUAAACGUUUAUCUGAUGGUUCAGCUGGGAGGAGAUACGUGGAUCAGAUACGCCAUCUGGAUGGCCGUGGGUCUGCUGAUUUAUUUCGGUUAUGGAGUUUGGCACAGUGUCCAGAGAAAACGAGAAAAAUCUCAACCAAAAAUCCUGCCCGUCCAAACCGAGGAGGUGAAGAGCGACGACGUGCUGUUCCCACAAACCAAAUUAUAA